AAUAAAUUUUCGCAAUGUCGUGCUGUUUCGAGUUACUUAAAACAUUUUCCGUGUUUGUUUUUGGUAUUCAGCUAAUUUUCGGAGUAUUUCGAUGGAUAUAUGAGAAUAUUGUUGGACCAAGAUUUUUGGAACCAACGGACCUUCGUAAAUACGGAAAGUGGGCAUUGGUUACGGGUGCAACUGACGGAAUCGGCAAACAAUAUGCGAAAUCAUUAGCAGAUCGUGGGUUUAACAUUGUUCUGGUUUCACGAUCACUUACUAAGCUUCACGAUGUAGCCAAGGAGAUAUCAAAAUCCUACAACGUCCAGACCCAUCUCAUUGCUAUAAAUUUUACCGAUGGACCAGAAAUCUACGAUCAAAUUAAGCAACAAAUUGCCGGAAUAGAAAUCGGUGUUCUGGUUAACAACGUUGGGAUGUUUCAUCUAGCACCUGAAUACUUUCUUGAUAUUCCCGAUAGAGACAAAAUGAUUCUGGACAUUAUCAAAUGUAACAUCACAUCCGUUCCCAUGAUGUGCAGUUUAAUUUUACCGCAAAUGGUGCAACGGCAAAGCGGUUUAAUUAUAAACAUUUCUUCUGUAUCUGCUUGCAUUCCUUGUCCUAACAUGAGCAUUUAUUCUUCAUCGAAAGCAUUUGUUGCCAAAUUUUCUUCCGAUCUCGCUGCUGAAUACGAAUCACAAGGAAUUACCGUACAAGCAUUAACGACUGGUAGUGUUGGUACAAAUAUGACCAAAGUUAAAGGUGGUAGCUUCAACGUUCCAACACCGAAGCAAUACGUUGAAUCAGCUAUUCGGUAUGUUGGCUACGCUCGAAAUACCAAUGGUUUUCUUCCACAUUCGCUGAUGCAGUUUAUUGUACAAUUUAUGAACUUUGUUUCUCCAUCAGUUACUGAAAAGUUAAUGUUGAAGCGUAUGCGAGAAGCACGUGCUAGAUUUUUCAAAGAAUCACAAUAAAGAUUUCGGUUUUGGUCGGGCUCAAAAAAUGCUGGAUC